AUGGAACAAACAACUUCACCAACAGCGUGGUACAAUCCUAAAAUUCACGUAGAGCGGCUCUGCAGGUGGCAUUUACACAUGCAGAGCACUUUUGGAAACACAACUCUCAUAGUUUUAUUCUUGGUAUACUUCGCCCAAGGCUUGCGAAACUUUAUUACUCUGGCAAUCACCCUUUUUUACAAAGACAUUCUCGAGCUUCCUCCUGAUGCGACGCAGUUUUUGAAAUCCCUAAUAUGGAUAGCUUGGUACAUUAAGCCAAUUUUUGGAUUAUUGAGUGAUAAUAUUCCAAUCUUUGGCUAUCACAGAAAGAGCUAUUUGUUUUUAUCUGGGAUCAUGGGAAUAGUCGCUUAUAUAGGAAUGCUCUUUAUUGAGACAGAACUUGAGUCAGUGAUUCUCCUGAUGAUCAGUGAAGUAGGACAAUGCAUAGCAGACAUAAUUGCCGACGCAAUCAUGGUUGAAGCCUCAAGAAAAGACCUAGAAGUUGGCUCAGGGAGAUUGCAGAGCUAUUGUUGGUUUUCUUUCGCUUUGGGCGGCUUAAUUGGAGGUACAUUAGGAGGUAUGGCUCUGGACUACAUGUCUCCUCAACAUGUAUUGGCUUGCCUUGUAGUGUGUCCUAUGAUUUUGCUUGUAGUCUCGAUCUGUAUUAAAGAAAAUAAUGAUAAAACUCAUCUCUCCUGGGCUACAAUUCUAGAAAAACUUAGAAAAGUUGGCAAAGCUUUCACAGACUCUGCCAUCCUUAAAGCCUUGCUAGUAAUUUUCAUUGCAAGAAGCUGUUCUCCGUCUUUUUCUGAGUUAAUGUCUUAUUUUAUGAGGGACGAGUUAAAGUUCUCACUCCCCCCCUUUAAAUUGGAACUAAAAAUUUUGUUCCAAUUUAAAGGGGGGUUAAGAAAAAUUUUUUUAAAAAAAAAUUUAUAUGAAAUUUAAAAAAAAAAAAUUCAAAAAAUUUAUCGAAUUAGAUUAAUAAAUUUGUUUAAUAAAAUGCUUUACUCUUUAUCCUUUAAAACAAAGCAAGAUAUAACUAAAAUUUUAUUAUUAAUUAAUACGCCACUAUUAAUUGGUAUCAAAGCUAUUUACACAAAAAAUUAUUAUUUUUAUUGAUAAAAAAAAAUUAAAAAAACAACAUUUUAGAAAAUUUAUCAAUCAAAGUGCUAAUUUUGUUUAAAUAAGAUGUUAUUUAUACUCUAUUCUUUAAAAUAAAGCAAGAGAUAAGUAAAUUUUGAAUUUUUGUAUAGAAUUCGUAUUGAAUUUAUAUCAAAGCUAUUUAAAUAAAAAAUAUCAUUUUUAUCAAAAAAAUAAAAUUUGUUUUAAAAAUUUUUUAAAAACAAAAAAAAUUAAAAUUUUUUUAAAAAUUUACAAUUAAGGAUAAUAAAUUUAUUUAAAUAAGAUGUUCUUUAUACUCUAUUCUCUAAACAAGAGCAGGAUAUAACUAAAUUUUUAAUUUUAGUUAAGAAGAAACAUUUAAAUUAUAUCAAAACUUUUUACAUAAAAAUUAUGAUUUUUAUAUAUAUAAUAUUUUUUUUAUUAUAAAAUUAAAUUUUGUUCCAAUUUAAAGGGGGGUUAAUUUACCAAAAAAGUGGAAAUUUUACCUAUAUUUUGUUCCAAUUUAAAGGGGGGGGAGUCAGCGACUUUUAUGAGCUUUUUAACGACCCUAAGCUAUUUUAUGCUAGCGUUAGGAAGCAUUUUAUAUGGGAAAUUCAUAGUGAAUUGGGAGUUUUCUUCAGCACUUGGGGUGGGACAGAUCCUAUUGACUUUUCUAGGAGGAGUCGAUAUUUUGUUGGUUACUAAAUCAUACAAAAAUAUUGGAGCCAGUCCUUAUUACUUUGUGCUUGGAGGAGAUGCAUUCGGAAGUGUUAUAGAAUACACAUUUAGGAAAUUACCCAUGUUGGUAUUAGGUGGACAAUUAUGCCCUCUAGGGAUUGAAGCCACUUUAUUUUCUCUUUUUGCGUCUGCGAGUAACUUUGGUGUGUCUGUAGCGUCAACUGAAGGAGCGUUUAUUAUGAAGAUGACUGGGAUCAAUAGCUCAAGCAACAAAAAUAUAUGAAUUCUAUUUGCGAUAGCUGCGCUAUCACAUUUAUUGCUAUUUCCAUUUUUAAGGCUAUUGCCCAAAAAGGGAAAAGCAGAUGAACAAAAUGACUUAAAAGAGCCACUAAUUUAG